AGUGAUAGGUUUGACCACGCCUAUCCAUAUUAUAAGCAUUAAAAAAAACGCCCGUCUAAUUUAACAGCCCACCUCGGAAUAAUACACAUACAUAUAAAGAAAAACGAUGGGAAUUCCUAGUCUCUCAUAUCCUUCUUAAAGGGAGUCACAGAUCAAUCUAUUGGGAAAAAAGAAAGAGAGGAAUGGGGAGGAACGGAAAGGGUUGGGGGGUGGUGAUGGUGAUGGUGAUGGUAAUGGUAAUGGUAGCGGAGUGUAGAAGAGGCGAGCAAGUUCACGUCCUGAGACGACUCUACGAGUGGAAGCGGGAGGGUGUGGACAAAACCCACUUCCAGCCCCUUGGGAAUCUGACGACGGAGCAGGACAAAGACGAGCGCUUGCGGAGGGAGAGUGAUCGAGUGGCGAGGCUGCCAGGUCAGCCCCACUCCUCCGUUCAUUUCAAUCAGUACGCCGGUUACGUCACCCUCGAUCCCUCCUCCGCUCUCUCCUUCUUCUAUUAUUUCGUUGAAGCCUCUUCCAACUCUUCCACCCUUCCUCUUCUUCUCUGGCUCAACGGUGGACCGGGAUGCUCGUCUCUGGGGUAUGGAGCAAUGCAAGAAAUAGGACCUUUCCGAGUACACAGCGACGGCAAAACGCUAUACAGAAACCGAUACUCAUGGAACAAUGCGGCGAACGUGCUGUUCUUGGAAUCGCCGGCGGGAGUGGGGUUCUCAUACACGAACAGGACGAGGGAGAUGGAGGAGGAGCUCGGGGACAGGAAGACGGCGGCCGACAACUACGUGUUCUUGGUGAAGUGGUUGGAGCGGUUCCCUCAUUACAAAGGCCGAGACUUCUUCAUCGCCGGUGAGAGCUACGCCGGCCACUACAUCCCUCAACUUGCUCACACUAUCCUUCUCCACAACCGCACUCUCAUCAACCUCAAGGGCAUCAUGAUGGGGAAUGCGGUGAUAGACGAUGAAACGGAUGUGAAGGGAAUGUACGAUUUCUUCGAGAGUCACGCGUUGAUAUCGGAGGAUUCACUUAUAAAACUAAAGAAGAGCUGUGAUUUUUCGGCAAUCGAGCAGACGGAGGAUUGCACAGCGGCGUCGGACCAAAUAGACAUGGACAUAUAUUACCUGGAUAUCUACAACAUCUACGCCCCUAUCUGCCCCAACUCCACACUUACUCGCCGUCCCAGAAGAACCACCAUAACGGAGUAUGACCCAUGCAGCGACCACUAUGUGCACGCGUACCUAAACAGAGAAGAGGUCCAAGAAGCAAUGCACGCGAACGUGACGAAGAUAGGAUACGAGUGGGAGGGAUGCAGCAGGGUGAUAAAGAAGUGGAAGGACAGCCCUUCCACUGUCAUCCCUCUGCUUCGGGAGCUGAUGAAUCACCACAUCCGUAUUUGGGUUUUCAGCGGUGAUACCGAUGGUCGAAUCCCAGUCACCUCCACUAAGUACUCCCUCAAGAAGAUGAAUCUUACCACCUCCACUCCUUGGCAUCCUUGGUACCUCGGCGGCCAGGUGGGUGGAUACACACAAGUGUACGAGGGAGGGAAGCUUACCUUCGCAACGGUGAGAGGGGCGGGUCACCAAGUCCCCAGCUACCAGCCCAAACGAGCCCUCUCUCUCCUCUCCCACUUCCUUCACUCCACUCCUCUCCCCGACACCUCUCGUUAUUAAGUACCCCUUUUUUUCUUCUUAAUCUCCAUACUCUUGUACAUUGUGUUUUUCAUCUCUCUUUCUCAACACAUUUCUGCUUUCAAAUUAAUUGCCAUUUCUUUUUAUUCA